AUGGAGCCCGGCGGAGGAGGGAGGGGGCGAGGGGGAAAGGGGGCACGGAGGGGGAAAAGCGGGGGAGGUGCAAGACGGAGGAGAGGAAGUGCGAGGGGGGAGGCGGUGGGCAGGGUGGCGGAGGCGACUGCAGGGGCUUGGUGGGCGAUUGGGGGAGGCGCGGAGGGCGGCUACGUGGGAGCAGGAGGACUCGCGGCUGGGGGAACUGGAUGGGGCGUGGAGGGGGCCGCGGAGGUUGACGCAAACGUGCGCGGAGCGGCAGUGGCUGCAUGGGAGGGCGGAGGGACGGGCGGAGGAGUGGGAGCGGUGGGCGGAGGAGGGGAAGCAGCGAAUGCAGCGGAGGGAUGGACAGGGGGAGGCGCGGAGGGGCGCGUAUCCCGCCGCAGAGGAGGCAGGGGGAGGGGCUUUGGUGGCGGCGCAGGAGGGAGUAGGGUGCGCUCAAUCGAGGGCGCGGGCGCGGGAAGGGGGAGAAUGGGGGUCGGAACGGGGCAAGCGGAAGGCAGUCGCGGGCGAGGGAUGGUGGCGCGUGGAGGGAGGGGCGCAGGUGUGGCGCGCAGGCAGGAAUGGAUGGGGCCGGGCGCGCAUGCGCGUGGGGAUGCGCGGGUGAGAGGAGGGAACGCUGGCAGGGGGUGGGACGCGGGUGGGGGGGGAAUGGGGUACCUCGAUGGGCGGGUGAGUGGUGGAGAGGCAUUGGGAGCGGUGGGGGCCCAGCAGAGGCGUGUGGAUAGGGAGGAGUACGAAGGUGCAGCGAGGGGAAGGAGAGUGGAGAUGGCGUGUGGGUUGGAGGGCGACGAGGAAGGGGAUCGGCAUCGAAGGGGCGAGGAGGCACACGCAAGGCAGCAGAUGGUGGGCUCAGAAGAUGGGAGAUUGCACCGCCUGCUGCAGCAGCAGCAGCAGCAGCAGCAGCAGCAGCAGCAGCAGCAGCAGCAGCAGCAGCAGCAGCAGCAGCAGCAGCAGCAGCAGCAGCAGCAGCAGCGUCAGUAUGAGCAGCAACGGCAGCAGGGGGGAGGGGCCGGCGAGGGGCAGUUUGGUGUUGCGGCGGGCGGGUGGGAGGAGGGUGGGCGGGCGGAGUGGCAGCUUGGCGGUGGAGUGGGUGGCGGUGGAGUGGGUGGCGGUGGAGUGGGUGGCGGUGGAGUGGGUGGCGGUGGAGUGGGUGGCGGUGGAGUGGGUGGUGGUGGGGAGGAGCUUGGGCGCACCGACGUGGGUGUGGGUGUAGACGGUGGGGGGCGUGGGGCAUGGGGGGAGUGGUACGAGGGGGAGGGUGGAGGAGCGGGAGAGGAGGAAUGGGAAGGAGAGGGGGGGGAGGAGUGGGGGGGAGAGGCAGGGGAGGAUUGGGGGGGAGAGGAGGGUGAGGGGGAGGAGGACUAUGAGCUGGGCUAUGCUGCUGGCCUGGCAGCUGCUCGUGAGGCCCUCAGACAAGCCUCUGCCACCACUACCGCCGCCGCUGCUGGAGGGGGGAUUGGUGCUGGCGGGGCGGCUGUUGUUGGCGCUGCUUCCACGGGUGCCGUUGACGAGGGGGCAGCAGCAGGCGGUGCAGCAGAGGCAGGCAUGGAUGGCAUGCUGCCUCACCACCCGCCUGCUGCAGCACCACGGAGCGCAGUGGCUGCUCCUCACACAACGGAUGGACCUCAUGUGCCCGCGGCAGCAGCAGCAGCGGCAGCGGCAGCAGGCGGCAGCGCAGGCGAGCAGGCAGUGGCAGGCGGCAGCAGCGGCGGCAGCAGGCGGCGCGGCGGGGGAGGGAGCAGGAGCGGGCGGCGGCGGCACGUGGACGUGAGUGUGAAGCGCGAGAUCUGUGAGCUGCGGCGCCUGCGCCCCGGCAUCACCGUGCCGGGCAUCAUGCACGUGUGCCGCGCAAAGUACCCACACAUUCGCCUCAUCCCCUCGCACGUGCGCGGCAUCCUCGACAACGCGGCCCACUGGAGCACCGCGCUGGCGCAGCGCAGUAGCAAGAGCGUGCGCGCGCCGGAGAACAUGGCGCUGGAGGAGGCGCUGGUGGCGUGGGUGAGGGACAUGAAGGGCGGCCCCGGCGCCACCAAGGUGCAGCUGCAGCAGAUCUGCGCCAAGGGCCGCGAGCUGGGCCCGUCCUUUGGGGUCUCGCCCUCCUUCAGGUACAGCAUCGGGUGGGCGUGGCGCUUCCAGGAGCGGUGGGGGUUCACAAAGCGGGACCUGGAGGAGGAGAGGGAGGCGUACUUCAAUGACGACCCCGCCGAUGCCGCUGCUGCUGCUGCAGCGGGCAGUGCGGAGGCGUCGCUGGUGCAGGUGGCAGAUGAGAUCUUUGGCGCUCAGAUCCUGGUGGCGCGCACGCAUGGUGCCGAUGCUGGGGAGGGGGGAGGGCAGGGGGGGGAGGAGGAUGAUGGGGGUGAGGAGGAUGGAACGGGUGAGGGUGGAAGGGGUCGAAGGGGAGGGAGGGGAGGGAGGGAAGGGAGGGAAAGGAGGGGAGGGAGGGAAGGGCGGGGAGUAAUGGGAAGGGCGGGCGGAAGGGAGGGAGGGAGGGGUGCGUGUAGGGGGAGGAUGAGGGUGGUGAGGCGGGACACGUCACUGACAGCCGGCAGAGAGGUCAUCGACCUGGAAGGGGGUGAGAGCGGGGAGAGAGAGGGGAGGGGCGAAGGUGGGGAGAGGGGUGAGAGGGGCGAAGGUGGGGAGAGGGGUGAGAGGGGCGAAGGUGGGGAGAGGGGUGAGAGGGGCGAAGGUGGGGAGAGGGGUGAGAGGGGCGAAGGUGGGGAGAGGGGUGAGAGGGGCGAAGGUGGGGAGAGGGGUGAGAGGGGCGAAGGUGGGGAGAGGGGUGAGAGGGGCGAAGGUGGGGAGAGGGGUGAGAGAGGCGAAGAGGCGGAAAGGGACGAGGGGGGCGAGGGGCAGCUGGGGCGGCGGAGGGGCCAGGGCGGGUCAGGGGAGCGGGCGCAGCAGGGCAGGGAGCAGGCAGGUGGGGGGACAGGCGAGGAGGGCGAUGGGGGCCGGGUGUCACAGGCAGAGGCAGCAGAGGCAGAUGGCUGGCAGGGCGGAGCAGACUUGCUGGCCGGCACAGCAAGAGGCGCAGCAAUGGAGCGGGCGAGGAUGAAGGCAGCAGGCAAGGCGGCACGCGCGGUGCAGCCCAGCCGAGAGCUGCUGGCGCUGGCACUGGCAGAGGCUGGCGUGGAAGGGGAGCAGGCGGGUGCCGGCAUGCAGCGAGCAGGUGGGUGUGACUCUGAUGCUGCAGCAGCCACCGUGGCAGACGAGGGAGUCAGAAGGGCGGCGCCGCCAGCAGGGGCAGCAGUGAGGGGAGCAGCAGCAGCAGCAGCAGCAGCAGCAGCAGCAGCAGCAGCAAGAGUGGGAGGGGCGCUGGUGGAUGUGGAGGCGGCAGUGGCAGCAGCAGGGGACCUCCGCCUGGACCCCCCCAGCGAUCACGCCAGUGGUGGCGACGCCCAUGGUGGUGAUGCUGGUAGGCGGCACGCGGAGAGGCAGCGUGCUGCAGCGAGGGAGAAGCGGGCGCCGGGUGGGAAGCGCAAGCACCGGGCGGCAAUCAGUCUGCGGCUGAAGCGAGUGAUCUGCAUGCUGAGGGCCGCCCGCCCCGACAUGCGGGCCAAAGACAUCCUCCGCCUCGUGCACCGCGCCUUCGCUGCCACCGCCCGCCAUCCCCAAGCAACCCCCACCACCACCUGUGCCACCGCCGCUGCUGCUGGCCGGGCAGCGAGCUUGGCAGCGGGGGGAGUUGCGGCGAGUGGCGUGGAGGCGGCGGGAGCGGCGGCGCUGGAUGUGGCGGCGGUGCGGCGCAUUCUGAGGAAGAGCCACGUGUACCUCGCCCUGCCCGCCCACGGCGCCACCCUCAUCCGCCACCGCAGCGGCGCGCACCCCCAGGUGCAGGAGGCUGUGGCGGCGUGGGUGCGGGCCAUGGAGGCACGGUAUGGGCGAGAGGCCCUGCGGUGGGAUGAUAUCUUGGAGUAUGCGAGACAGGUGGGGCCGCACAUGGGCGUGGGAGAGGGCUUCCGGUAUAGCCGCCACUGGGCUCGCAAGGCCCUGCUGCUGCACGGGCUGGGGAGCAACUGGGGCAAGCAGGUGGAGGGGGGGAGCGGAAAGAAGAAAGGUAAGGAGAGAGGAGAUGGGGGAAAGUUUCCGCUUGAUGGUAGCACCACUGAUGGUAACAUGACUGAUGGGAACACCACGGAAGGGCAGAGCAGUGAUGGUGGAGGGACAGACGAGGAGAGGGAAGAGGGGCGCCAUUCACUGCACUCUGACCGCCCUGCUGCCACUGCUGCUGCUGCUGCCUCUGCCUCUGCCACUGCCACUGCUACUCCUGCUGCUGCUGCUGCCGGGCAUGCUGGGCGGGCAGCGGGGGGAGAGCAGCAGCAGGAGGGCCCGCUGGACUGCCUGCAGCGCCUGGCGGAGCAGUGGGCUGCUGAGCCCACAGGGGGCACGCCGGGGCAGGUGCAGGGGCGCACAGGGGAGGGGGCGGACGGCAGGAAGCGGCGGUGGCGCCACACGGUGGUGCCGCCCGCUGUGAAGCUCGCCAUGUGCGCCCUCGCCCGCGCCCUCCCCUCCCUCCCCUCCCAGGCCAUCGCCCGCGUUGUUGGCGCCAGGUGCGUUGUGCCGCUGUUGGCGCCAGGUGCGUUGUGCCGCUGUUGGCGCCAGGUGCGUUGUGCCGCUGUUGGCGCCAGGUGCGUUGUGCCGCUGUUGGCGCCAGGUGCGUUGUGCCGCUGUUGGCGCCAGAGUCCUCUGUCCUUUCUCUCUGUUAUUGCUGCUUCUGCUGCCUUCCACAUUCUCUUGCCUCCCUCUCCCCACCCCUUUCUCUCUCUCCCUUCACACUCCACACCUCCCCUCCCUGUGGGUCCCUCCCCCUUGGCGUGGCGUGACAUGGCAUGGCAUGGCAUGGCAUGGCAUGGCAGGUACGGCGUGCGGGUAACGAACGUGUGGCUGCCAGCGGUGUUGCUGAGGGAGGACGACUGGAGGCAGCUGGUGCAGCUCUCCCGCGCAGGCAGGCCGGGCGCCGUCAGACUGCGCCCUGCUGACACCCGCCUGGAGGAGGCUCUUGCGCUCGCAGUGAGGAAGGCUAUAGCGAGGAUGGAGGAGGACAGGCGAGCUGCAGGGGGUGGUGGGGGGGGCGAGGUGGGGAGCAAAGGGGGCCCGGGGGCGGAGCAGCAGCAGGUGUGUGUGAGGGCGGUGCAGGAGUAUGCGAGGCGGCUGGCACCGUUGGUGGGGGUGGGUCGGAGAUUCACAUGCAGCCUGGCAUGGGUGCAGCAGUUCAUGCAGCGCUGGGGGUUCCUCCCCCCUGGUGGCGCGGGAAGAGCAGGUGGUGGGGCGAGAGGGCGAGGGGGCGGUCUGGGUGGGAGGAGAGGGGAGGAAGUUCGGGCGGAGGACGAGUUUGAAGAAAGGGGGGGAGAGGAGGGGGAGGAGAGUGAGGGGCAGGGAGGAGUGAGGGCGAGGAUAAGGGGUAUACUGGACGAGCGGUGUGAGGUGAAGGAGGAGGAGGUGGCAGCGCUGGUGGCGCUGGCGGAGGAGCAACGGGAGAGGCGCGCUCAGAUCAAGGCGAGUGGGCGCCGGCUGACUGACGUGCGCGAGGAGGAGUGGAUACAAGGGGGGCGGCAGGAUGGUGGUGUGAGCACGCUGCUGGCAUUGCUGGCCGGCGUGCGGGUGGCAUCUGCCGCCCAGGCCGCCCCACAGCUGCAGUCUGCGUGGGCUGCCCUUGCCGCAGCCACCCCCUUCCCCGGGAAGCUCACAGCCCACCGGGUAGCAGAGGUGAGGCGCGCAUGGCGGAGGCUUGAGAGGGCCCGCGUGGUGGUGUGGGAGAGGGGUGAGGGGAGUGAGAGCAGUGAGAGCAUGAGCGUAGAGGAAAGUGGAGUGAGGAGCAGUGAGGAGUGGGAGUCAAAGGAGGGGAUAGUUGGCAUGGUGGCACGGAGGAGCGCAGGAGGGGGCACGCGUGGUGGGCGAGGGCGGAAGAGAAGAAGGAGCGGGGAUGCGCAGGAUGGUGUGGUGGCGCACGCCCGUGAUGGCAUCCCCGCUCCUUCUCAUCACGGGGAUGUGCAGGACGGUGUGGUGGCAUCACGGGCCGGGGCAGCAGCAGCGGCGAGUGGGGCGGCCAUGGCAGGCAGGGGAGCAGCAGGCGGAGGGCAGCUGGCAGCGGGCGUGGCAGCACCGCUGCUGGCCCCGGAGCUCAUAGUGGCAGCAGCCCUCCGAGCUGCUCUCGCUCCCCACUCCAUGCCUGCCCCUCUUGCUGCUCACGCCCCGGGCUUCCCUUUCCCCCACGCUGUGCCACCUGCCACCACCGCACUCCACUCCCUUCCACAGCUGCUUGCAUCUGCUGGCUUGCCAUCCGCCCUUCUCCCUGUCACCCGGCCGUACGGCUUUGGCUGGGGCCAGCCGCUACUCACUGCCGCUCCCCCUUCCUCCCACGUACCUCGCUCUCUUCCGACGCCGCCUCUCCCCCGGUCUCUCGCUGCGUCCAUUGCAUAA